AUGUCAGACACUCUGAACUCAUAUUAUCAGCAAAUCGCAGUGCUCACGGGUACGGUCAUAGCCAUAUCCACUAGCAUUGCGACUUGGUGGAAUGCAUAUUCUUCCCAUUCCCAGGCCGGAGAGGGAAGUCAGGCUCAGUAUUGUUUUCAACAAUACCAGAUAUGCGAAAGAGACAAAGCGGACAAGGAGGCACAAAUCCGCGAUUUGCAGUGGAAAAUCAGGGACCUGGAACCUAAGUUAAACCAACGCUGA